AUGAGGUUGGCCAAUAGAUUAAAAUCAAAAGACGAUAAAAACUUUCGUGCUGAAUAUUUCUUGUACAUGCCCAAUGCAACCUUUUUGUCAAAUGUGCCAAUCGCCAAUGACAAUGGUGCCUUUGCCCAAGAGGUAUGCUCCCAAGUUGGUGGCAGAAAGGUGAGCUACAAUGAACUUGAUUCUCAAAUGAGUAUUCCGUAUCCAUCUAGCUAUGAAUGGAAAUAUUUUGGUUAUUUGCAUGAUGACCGUACUGGAGCUGCUGGUAAAUAUGUUAUUGUUAGACCAUUUGAAGGUGCACUCCAAGCAGUUGGUGGUACCCAAGCAGUUGGUUUCAUUUGUUUUGGUUUCAAGCCAGCUCAAGGAUUCCUUGGUAUCCCAAGUAUAAACAGAUGUUAUUGGAAUGCUAACUCGGUUUCUGUUGGCCCAACUAGUAUCUUGACUGAAACUUUCAGUGUCAAAGCCAAUGAUAAUACUCCAGCAGCCGCCAUCUGUACCAAUCUCUUUGGUGCUGCCAUCGCCACUGAAUCACAAAUCGCUUCAGAUUUCUAUGCUGGUGCUGCUAUCUGUGCCACCAAUAUUUUCAAGAGUGAUGAUGGUGUAUUAAAGACUGGUUAUUAUUACAACAUGAACAAUAUUCCACAAUCCUGUGCCUUUGGAUUCACCAAGGAAUCUUAUCCAGGUGGCAAGUUCAAUGUUCUCUGCUCUGGUUGCAAGCCAACUGACAAUCCCACAUCGGCAACCAACACCCUCGUACAAUUCAACACUUUCACUGGUCAAUACUCUAGAUAUGAAAACAUGCCACUCUACACUCCACAAAUUAGUAGUUACUAA